GACUGAGCUUCCCGUUCGGGCGCGGGACCUCACAGUUGUGGGAGGUGAGAGGCCUGAGACGGACUUGCUGCGGGUGACCCGCCGUGGCGCAGCCGGGCUCGCGGCGUGCAAGAAGAGCUGGGAGCUCCAGGGGGAAGAUUUGAACUGCAGGUGCCAUGCAUCCAUUACAGUGUGUCCUCCAAGCACAGAGGUCUCUAAAGUGGGGGCCUCUGAGCUCUGUGUCCUGGCUGCUGCUCAGAACCUGCAGGGCACAUAGCAGUGUCCCCACCGCGUCAAGUCCAGAGGGGCAGAGCUCGGAAGAUGUUCCAAAGGAUUUCAGCUCCAGGCUUGCUGCCGGGCCAACUUUUCAGCAUUUUUUAAGAAGUACUUCGGUUCUUCAAGAGAAACCAUCUUCUCCACAAGUGGAGGACCCACCCCCCUAUGUCACAGGGGAUGAACUUCUAGGAAGGCAGCGAAAAGUCUAUCUCGAGACUUAUGGCUGCCAGAUGAAUGUGAAUGACACAGAGAUAGCCUGGUCCAUUUUACAGAAGAGCGGCUACCUGCGGACCAGCAACCUCCAAGAGGCUGAUGUGAUCCUUCUUGUCACGUGUUCUAUCAGGGAGAAGGCUGAGCAGACCAUCUGGAACCGUUUACGUCAGCUGAAAGCCCUGAAGACAAAGCGACCACGCUCCCGGGUGCCUCUGAGGAUUGGGAUUCUAGGCUGCAUGGCUGAGAGACUGAAGGGAGAGAUACUCAACAGGGAGAAAAUGGUGGAUCUCCUGGCUGGUCCAGAUGCCUAUCGAGACCUCCCCCGACUGCUGGCUGUUGUGGAGUCAGGUCAGCAGGCAGCAAACGUGCUUCUCUCUCUGGAUGAGACCUAUUCAGAUAUCAUGCCAGUCCAAACGAGCCCCAGUGCCACUUCUGCCUUUGUAUCAAUCAUGCGUGGCUGUGACAACAUGUGCAGUUACUGUAUCGUUCCUUUCACUCGUGGCCGGGAGAGGAGUCGGCCUGUUGCCUCCAUUCUAGAUGAAGUGAGGAAGCUGUCUGAGCAGGGGGUAAAAGAAGUGACACUUCUUGGCCAGAAUGUUAAUAGUUUUCGGGACAAUUCGGAGGUCCAGUUCAGUAAUGCAGUGUCUACCAACCUCAGCCGUGGUUUUACUACCAACUAUAAAACCAAACAAGGGGGGCUUCGUUUUUCUCAUCUUCUGGAUCAGGUUUCAAGAAUAGAUCCUGAAAUGCGGAUCCGUUUCACCUCUCCCCACCCCAAGGAUUUUCCCGAUGAGGUUUUGCAGCUGAUUCACGAGAGACACAACAUCUGUAAGCAGAUCCACCUGCCGGCCCAGAGCGGAAGCAACCGUGUACUGGAUGCCAUGCGGAGAGGAUAUUCAAGGGAAGCGUAUGUGGCAUUGGUUCAUCAUAUCAGAGACCGUAUCCCAGGUGUGAGCCUCAGCAGCGACUUCAUCACUGGCUUCUGUGGAGAGACAGAGGAUGAUCACCUGCAGACAGUGUCUUUACUUCGGGAAGUUCAGUAUAAUACCGGUUUUCUCUUUGCUUACAGCAUGAGGCAGAAGACACGAGCAUAUCAUAGGCUGAAGGACGAUGUUCCAGAAGAAGUAAAAUUAAGGCGUUUGGAGGAACUUAUUACUGUCUUCAGAGAAGAGGCUUCAAAAGCCAAUGAGACCUCAGUGGGCCACACCCAGCUGGUAUUGGUUGAGGGGUUCAGCAAACGUUCUUCCACAGACUUGUGUGGCCGGAAUGAUGCAAACCUUAAGGUGAUCUUCCCUGAUGCGGAGGUGGAAGAUGCCACUAACUCUGGGAAGAAGGUCAGAGCUCAGCCUGGGGACUAUGUGCUGGUGAAGAUCACCUCUGCCAGUUCUCAGACUCUCAAAGGACACGUUCUCUGCAGGACCACCAUGAAAGACUCAUCAGUGUAUUGCUUGACAUAAGUGGGUGGCUCAAAGGUAGACUUGGACAGUUUUUCCUCGUGUUUUGGAGACAAGACAAUAGUCAUGAGGCGCCUUUGUACCAAACAGAAGAGUACAUUUUCUUGUCACUUGAACAGAUUUUACAACAAUAAAUUUCAUAAAUUAAAUGA